AUGACCAAUGGAACGGCAGAUUCUACCGGGAUCAAGACUCUCCGACGAAGCUCUCGUAUCAAGUCCAAGACGUCAAGCAUCAAGCCACCUCUCGCGAGAAUUCCGCCUCGAGCAUCAUCCCAAAACACGGCCAUUCUCGACGCCUUGAAAGCUCUAUCCAACGAGGUCCAAUCUUUACGAGCACACGUUGAUGACCUACAAGCUCAGCAACCGCCGGUGACCCAACAACACGCCGCUGAUACUAAAGCGCCGAGCCCUACAUCAACUGUCGAGCAUGGUCAACCAGCCCGUUCACAUAACCCCAACGUCGGCAACACCGAGGAUCCACCUCUUUCCCUACCACUCCCUCCUUCAGGAGAGGUAGACUCAGUCAACAUCGCUGGCAACAAUGAUAGGGGUUCACCUCACUCUCAACUUCUUCCACCUUCGGGAGGGAUUCAACCGGUAAUCCGCCCUGUCAAUGACGUCAGAGGCUCGCCUGUUACACACCCUCUUCCCACUCAAGAAGAAGUCUGCCCGGUCAAUCCCACUGUCAACUACGCCAGAGGUACACCAUUCCCUUACCCUUUCCACAUGUCGAGAGAGACUUACCCUAUCAACUCACGUGAUCACCAUGCCAGAGGCGUAUAUCUCUCUCAUCCUCUCCCUCCUUCAGGAGAGGUCUAUCCGGUUAACCCCGCUGACCACAACGUCAGAGGCGCAUAUCUCUCUCAUCCUCUCCCUCCUUCAGGAGAGGUCUAUCCGGUUAACCCCGCUGACCACAACGUCAGAGGCGCAUAUCUCUCUCAUCCUCUCCCUCCUUCAGGAGAGGUCUAUCCGGUUAACUCCGCUGACCACAACGCCAGAGGUGCAUCCUUAUCUCAUCCUAUCCCUCCUUCAAGGGAGGUCUACCCAGUCAACUCCGCUACGGACAACACCAAAGGUACAUUCUUCUACCAUCAUUCUCCCCUUUCAGGAGAGGCUCAUCCUGUCAACACCGCUGUUAGCGACUCAAGAAGGCCAACUUCUGUUCAUCUCUCUCCUACCUCCAGAGAUUUCUUCUCCGCCAAUCCCGCCGGUAAGACCACUAGAUGCCUGUCGAUACAACUCCCCUCCCCGUCUGAAGUGAGCUCAUUGAGACAUGCUGAUAAUGAGCUCAUAGACCUAUCUCCUCGUUCUCAGCGUGCCGUCACCUCAAGGGCAGUGCCAACUGCACCACAGUUCCCGACAAGGGUUCACGGCUCUGAUGAUGCUACGGCUCCACUUCUUAUCAACCAUAAUGAACACCAACCACAAGAUCGGGCUUUCCACGUGGUGACUCGGAAGCUAUCGGUGCAAGAUUGUAUCACCAGAGCACAGACCAUUGGUAACCUCCUUCCUGGCAAGUCUCUAUGGUGCGGUUCUCGAGACAUCCAGAAGAGAACUUUCGCUGAGACUCGUCAGCUGGUCACGACCAGUAUGUCGUAUAAAUGGUCACCUCCGUGUACUCAGUACUUCCUAACCAGGCAAGUCUAUGCACCUUUCAUCGUGCAGAGGUUAGAUCUAUGGGAAACCAAGCAAGAUUAUGGGCCACUUCUGUCCUGUGCUCAAGAUCCCUACUCCACCUACUGGAAGGAAGCUACCAGGCGUCAGUGGUUCUACCUAUCAGCUUGCUUCGACAAACACAACUUGGACUCUCUGGAAUGUCGCUGGAGUGACCUGAAGCUGACUCCCAAUCUCCACUGGGAUGAUUACAUCACUCAGUUUGAGGUGGUGGCAUCCCAACUUGCUCAAGCCAGGGGAGUCAACGCUCUUACUGAAGCUGAACUCCGGGCCCAUCUCUACCUAUCUCUCCCCAAGGCGCUACAAGCUCAUUGUGUCCAGCUCGGCUACAACGUGGGAGAGAAGCGGAUGGACUACGAUGGUCUCGUUAAUACCUGUGCUGGUUGGUGUGAGCUCAAUUGGCAAACUCUUGCGCCCGCAGCAGGCACGGCCACAGUCAGCAACGUCGCUCUGGCAUCUGUCCCUUCUGCGGAAUCGUGCACUCCUCAAGUAAUCACUUCUUCCUCUACUACGACCCAAGAGAACCAACAGAAGACCGACAAGAAAACCCGACCGACUAGACCAUCUACACCCUAUCGUCAGAGAAUCAAGGACGAUUCUUCCAUCCUCAAUGAUGAGUACAACAUCAAGAUACUCUCCAGUCGCUGCCAAAGAUGUCUGUCCGAGUCGCAUGACACCAUAGCGUGCUGUGAAGAGCUCACAAAGAAGGAUGAGAGAUGCUACUACUGUGGCCUCAUCCACCAUCACUCACGCCACUGCCCUGCUGGUCACGACAACUAUCGAGGUCGCAACUGCGAGCGUUGCAACAAGGUCAAUCAUGCUGCUCGCGCAUGUCGUCGAUAUCGACCCGGUGCCGCACCCGUUGCUGCUGCAAUCCCUUCGACUGGCGUACCGAAAUCUGCAUCGACGACUGGUACUCCACCACUGAGUUUUAUCAACCUCUAUGUCAACCACUCAAGCGGUCAUACACCGGCCCUGGUCGACUCCGGAGCGGCUGUAUCGGUGGUCAGCAGCUCGGCCGCAGCAUCUCUCAACCUCACAGUUAGCAGAGCCGACCUUCGGAUACGCCUAGCUGAUCUCUCUGAGACCCCUGUCCGCGGUGUUGCGAAGUCGGUCCCUAUAUCCUUUUCCAAUGGUAGCCGUUGCACUGAAGACCUCUACGUGCUCGAUGGCUGUGCCCACCAGCUCAUACUAUCGGUAGGGCUUCUAAGAAGACUGAAGGCCAUCUGGCAUUUGCACGAUAACUACAUCGUUUUCGGUGACAACGAGGAUGGCCAGCCGAUCUCUAUGGUGAGCAUGCCCAAGCCUAGGAAUGAGCCAUCAAGUCCAUCUGUGUAUUCUAGCACAGUCGCUGAGCUAUGUAACAUCAUGGUUUCUGAAGCACGGUCAACCCAAAGGGGCACAUGCUGUGAUGUUGACACCUCCGAGUCAAACACCAUAACUCUGCCCCAAGAUGUUUGGGAGACUUUGGCACUCUCCUUCUUUCCCGAACCUCGAGAAGACGACUCCAGCCCCACUAAAGGUCUCACUCGGUCUCAAACCAUCGACGCCUUCCGGGAUCAGUUCACUGACCAAAGGAGCUCCGAGAAGCACGGAAAUGACCUAUUCGACUUCUCCAUCGACCCCCCAUCUGAUACUGCUCCUCGGGGACGGUUGCACUGCAAAGUCCCAUGGCGUGAUGCGGCGAGACCGUCACCUAUCCACAACCAAUCUGCAAUCAAAAGAGAUUGCAUCGUUAUGGCCAGGCUCACCGAUGCGGAGGCUUCAAGCUACCACCAGGUGGUGAACGAUCUGUAUACUCUCGGCUUCGUCGUCCCUGCACGUCUCCAGAGUACCCCUGACACCGAGCCUUCUACUGUCAUGUAUACGGACCAUAGCCUUCCACCGGUCUCUACGCUAAUACCGGCAUUUCCGGUUUUCCGAAAGUGCUCAAAGACCUCGAAGACGAGGUUGGUGUUGGACUGCAAGUAUCACAACGGCUUCCUCAGAAGUGGUCGACAAGCCAACGACACUACCUAUCCGGAGACGUUAUGGGCUAAUCUAGCGCUGAGCCGUACGGCGAAGGCCAUGGUGGUCGAUGAUAUCUCCAAAGCCUAUCAUCAAAUCAAGCUUGAUGACGCUUUGGAUCGACGACACUUUGGAAUGAUGGCGUGUGGCCGAGUGGGAAUGUGGGUCUCUACUUGUUUCGGUGCAACGUAUUCUCCAUCAGCCCUGCUGCAAGCAAACAAGGCGGUUCUUACCUUGAGAGACUUCGAGUCCGGCCACAUCACUCGUGACCAAGCUCUCACCGAUCCUGUCUGUCGAUCUCUGAUCUCUCAGUUCGAGGGGAAUUUGAAGUUAGGUUCUCUGACAUUGAACCAUGGAGACGUUUCCAGCAAGAACAGCGCCACAAGUAACAAUGGCCAAGACCCUCUCCUCAAGCACACCGCCAUCUACGUCGACGACGGUCAGACUCGAGGCAAAACGAAGGAAAUCGCCCUGAAAAGGGCCAACUUCUUCACUGCCACUCAGUCUGGUCAUGGCUUCCACUCCAAUGUGCCAAAGCGCAGCAGAAGCUGGGGUCCGAUCACAAGUACCAAGUAUCUCGGUUACGGCUGGCAGACAGGUGAUGAAAGUGAUCAGCUCUCCCCCACUUUCAGAGUGCCCGAGGCCCUUGACCUCGAUAAUCCUCCUUCGACUAUCACUCGGCGCCAACUAUUCAGUCUCUGCCAAGGUCUAUAUGACCCCCUUGGUCUGGCCUCAGAGUACUCACUCUGCUUAAGACUCUUCAUGGCCACUUACUACACCGUCGAUGUCACCAACCACGCUGGCAAGCCGCCCAAUCUAUGGGACAUCGACAUCGACCCUGAAGGUGCUGCUAAUGUGCUCAGUUUCUGUCGCGCCCUCACCACUGCGGAUCUACUCUAUCCUCGGUUCGCCGACAUCAGCAACAUGAUGGUCUUCACCGAUGCCAGUGUCACUGCUGGUCAUGCUACCAUACUCUGUCCGACGACCGAUUCCGAGGGUAGCGUUUUUUACCACAAACUGGUUGGCAAGGGACGUCUCUGGUCUACUCGAACUAGUCAAGCUCGUUGGUCUAUUCCCAAGAAGGAACUCGUUGCCUUUUUCGACGGCCUCACCCUUGCGACAUCUCUCGUAACCCUGUACUCGAAGUUUGCAAUCGAGACCCCAAUAAAAUGUCUAUCCCUCUACUGUGACUCCGAAGCUCUACUGUACCGUCUCCGACGUGCAUCAAAGGGCGAUUUCGGAAAGACACUCUCUAACUUGGAAAAAAAGGCUCUGAAGAGAGGUCUGGUCGAUCUCAACCACAUAGCAACUACACUUCGAGUCCCAGUCACAACUUACCACAUCGAAGGUGAAGCCAACCCCGCUGACACUGGCUCUCGGCCCAAGAUCAACGGUCAACUACCUAGUCCCCUCGAGGACGCAGUCAUCGAGAAAGGUAUCAACGCCGCCCAUGCCAAGAAUCUCUCGUAUGUCUACACGCUGGAGGCGACUCCAGUAACAGACGUCCUAUCCUACGACACCAUCUCGGUGGCUAAUCAUUUCAACAAUGAUCAGUUGCUCAAGUUUCAGCAGGAAGACGGCCGUGCAAGAGCCAUCGUGGACACUCUCAACUCUACACCUUCAGCUGAAGUUGCCCAUAACCUGAGACUAUAUCACAUCUGUCCUGAUAGUGGUCUACUUCUUUAUAGUGGUGUCAGCGACAGCAAUGGAGGAACUGCAUGUCGACCAGUCCUGCCACGCGGUCAAGGAUGUGAUGAGGUACUAUCCCUCCUACACGACAAGCUCGGGCAUGACAACGCCCCAAAACUGAGAUCCCUCUACAACGAGGCCUUCUACACUCCUAAGUUGCGUAUAGCUCUACUUCGUCUACUGAAGACAUGUCACGUCUGCCAGUUGGCCAAGAAGCAGUCUGGGUACAAGAAGCGAGCUGGCUGCGUGCGCCCAGCGCAUCUGUGCUUUGACAUCGGUCAAGUUUGGUGUCUUGACCAUGCUGGUCCUUACCGUUGCCCGGUAUCCGGCGAGAAAAUAUGGGUCCUAACCUGCUGCGAUCCGGUAUCGGGCUUCCUUCUCUAUGAUAACACUACAUCUCCAACGGCCUCUUCCAUAUGCUCAUCCCUCAUCAAGCUGUUUUCCAUUGUGGGCGACCCUGCUUGCAUCACUGUUGAUGCUGGGCCAGCCUCCAACUAUGUCCUACGUCCUAUGUCCUAUGUCCAACUAUGUCCAAAGGCCAUCUACGAUGACUUACAGGAGCGUCGCACCCGGAGCCUACUCGACUUCUUCACACUGGUCAAGGAGGCAAAGGACCGUAUCCGAGCAAGGGCAUCUAAACUUCCCCAACAGUCUGGUUUCAAGGCUUUCGACAUUGGCUCUCUGGUUCUGCGGCUUGUACCUCCACCGCUCAAGCAGGACGUCUCCUGGAGAGGCCCCUACAGAGUUGUCGCCGUCUCUGAUGACCAGCUCCUCUACCGUUUGGAAGAUGUCAAGACCGGUACUCAGCUCAAGUUCCAAGAAUGCUACUUCAACCUCAAGCAGUACCAUGCCAAGAAUCCCGUCCUCGAGUCCCUUCCAGUUCCAACUGUUCAAGAUGGUUCUACUCUGAAUCUAACGGAUGGCGAUCUUUACUGCUUCCGGUGGAUCGACGAGCACGGAUGCGAGCAUCGGGACUUUGGCCUAUACGACUCUGAGUUGAAGAAGAUGGUACUGAGGAAAGUCCACAUCGACGGUUCCAUCGAGAUCUUGACCGACUUCAUCGAUCAGCAAUAUGUCUGCGACGUCGAUAUCCACUACGAGUGUCCACUCCGUAUGACCAGAUCGAUCAAGAACCGUAUCAUCAAGUACAUCGAAGGCGCAUACAACUCGCGGGGCAAAGAAUGGCAUGACUCCAGAAAGUUUGGAACUCGCAUGAUCGAAGACGAGACGGAGAAAUACUGUGCAUUUUACAACAAGUGUAUACGGGGGAUGUUGCAAAUAUCGCCUUUGUCGCACACCAGAAACCGCGAAAUUUGGACUGUUGGUUUCGUCGACUGGACGAAAACGGCCGAGAGCGAGAGAGAGAGGGAGAGAGAUUCCUAA